GUAUUGAACGGUUGCGCAGCUCUCCGGCCGGGUUCCUUCGCCUCCAUCCCGGAGGGACCGUUGCUGCGUCUGCCGCCCCUCGCCCUCGGCCCGCAAGGCUUAAGCCGGCUACGCUCCUCCCGUCCUCUCACAGCUGAAUUCCUGCGACUCCGCCAGCAUGUUCGAGGCGCGCCUGGUCCAGGGCUCCAUCCUGAAGAAGGUUCUGGAGGCCCUGAAAGAUCUCAUCAACGAGGCCUGCUGGGACAUCAGCUCGAGUGGCGUGAACUUGCAGAGCAUGGAUUCGUCCCACGUCUCCCUGGUGCAGAUGACACUGCGCUCCGAGGGCUUCGACACGUACCGUUGCGACCGCAACUUGGCCAUGGGCGUGAACCUCACCAGUAUGUCCAAAAUACUGAAAUGUGCUGGCAAUGAAGACAUCAUUACAUUGAGAGCUGAAGAUAAUGCGGACACAUUGGCCCUUGUGUUUGAAGCUCCAAAUCAAGAGAAAGUUUCAGACUAUGAAAUGAAAUUGAUGGAUUUAGAUGUUGAACAACUUGGAAUUCCAGAACAAGAGUACAGUUGUGUGGUAAAAAUGCCUUCUGGAGAGUUUGCACGAAUAUGCCGAGAUCUCAGUCACAUUGGAGAUGCUGUGGUAAUUUCUUGUGCAAAAGAUGGAGUGAAAUUUUCUGCAAGCGGAGAGCUUGGGAAUGGAAAUAUUAAGUUGUCGCAGACAAGUAAUGUUGAUAAAGAGGAGGAAGCUGUUACCAUAGACAUGAAUGAGCCAGUCCAGCUAACUUUUGCACUGAGGUACCUGAACUUCUUUACAAAAGCCACUCCGCUCUCUUCUACUGUCACACUCAGCAUGUCUGCAGAUGUUCCCCUGGUUGUAGAAUAUAAGAUCGCUGAUAUGGGACAUUUGAAAUACUAUUUGGCUCCCAAGAUUGAGGAUGAAGAAAGGUCUUAAACAUUUUUAAGACUCAACAAAAUGAAACUGAGCUCUUUGAGAACAGCUUGAGAUGCCAGCAUUUACUUAAGUCUCUUUUGUCACCAAAUUUUUACCUUUAGCUAUAUAUGUAGAUAUUUUCUGUAAAUAAUCUUAUUUUUCUCUUCAUUCUCUACAAUUUGAAGAAUAAAAUCCAAAGUUAAAUCUGGUCUUGUUAACAUAGAAAUACUUCUUGCUUUACACGGGAGUGUUACGAUUGAGUUAUACAGUGUGUUUCUGAUGCUCAAGUAGUUUUAAGAAUUAUUUUUAGCUUAAAUAAAAGUUAAGUUUUCAAGUAACAGUGCCUUCAUUUGGACAAUGGCUGUUUGUAGUCUAGAAAAUUUAGAGCUACCCUUUGUUACAUUUUUUUCAGUCAAAGGUGGCCUGAUAAAAAUACAUUAAAUAUAACAAAAGUUACAAAUACUGUAAGUGAUGAGCUAUUUCCGGGAGUUCAGACAACUACCUACACACAACUACUUUGAUAUUUCAACGAGGAGUCAGGAGUAGAAUACUAUGUAUUUCAUUCCUUUGUCAUUAGCCAAAAUUAACUUUUUUCCAGUGUGUGAUGUAUUGAAUGUUCUGUGUGCUUUGUAAAAUUAGCCUCUUUUUUUAGAUUUUUGUGAUCUUUGAGGGAGUCGGAGCAAGUUUUAUUAUAGGGCCCAAGCAGUGCCUUUGGACAAAAUAAUCCCCAGCAUCAUUAGGCGGUUUGAGGUUUGUCUCUGUAGACUCCUUCCGGCCAUCUACAGUUUGUUUUCUAAAUUUUACAAGAUUGCCUUUGUCAGAAUCUCCACUUGUACUUUAUGUAAAUUAUACUUAAAUAAAGUCGAACGUUUAAAACUCCA